UGCGUGUCAUUCUACAACGUGGCGCCACACACACACACACACACACGCGCACGCACGCGCACGCUCGCACACACACACACACACACGCGGCACUGCAGAGUGUAUGAGCAGGUUUGAAAGUUCAGGCAGGUUUGGUUCAGUGCGUGAGGGAAACACUGCAUUAGUCAGGUGUACCAGAGAACCCGGUUUACUAAGAGACUUGAGAUAUCCGUGAGGAGUAACUUCAUCUUCUCAGUGUGUAAAUUCACCCUGCUGGGUUUCGGCCGCUGUGUCCGAGGCGCUCAGGGAAUCAGAGACUCUGAGCAGCACUGGGGUUUAUUUUAUAACUUUACUGACCGGCAGAGGAGAACAGUUUCUACCUAACAGGUCUCUGUGCAGUGGUGAUCGUCAUGCACGUACUGGGUGCAGUGUGUGUGGUGUGUAUGGUUGUGUGUGUGGUGGAACUGAAGCCCACACUGAGAAAAGACAGAAUUCACCAUGAGGCCGGACUCAGCCACAAGCCACACGAAGAGCAGCACAUGGACCAGCAGAGCCUGCAGUUCGACCAUGAAGCUUUUUUGGGAAAAGAAGAAGCAAAGACAUUCGACCAGCUGAGUCCAGAGGAGAGCAGAGACAGACUGAGUAAGAUUGUGGAUCGUAUUGAUAGUGAUGCUGAUGGAUUCAUUACCCCCGACGAGCUGAAGCUUUGGAUUAAACGUGUUCAAAAACGCUAUGUUUAUGAGAACGUUGCUAAAAUAUGGCGUGACUAUGACCUGAACAAAGACAAUGCAAUUGCUUGGGACGAGUACAAACAGGCCACCUAUGGAUACUACCUUGCAAACCCAGAGGAGUUUGCAGAUUCUUCAGAUCAGUUUAGCUUCAAGAAGAUGCUGCCACGAGAUGAACGCAGAUUUAAAGCCGCUGAUCUGAAUGGAGAUGGGCGAGCAGAGAAGGAUGAGUUCACUGCUUUUCUUCACCCUGAGGAAUUUGAACACAUGAGGGACAUUGUUGUCCUGGAGACAUUGGAGGACAUAGAUAAGAAUGGAGAUGGCUAUGUGGAUGAAGACGAAUACAUUGCGGACAUGUUUGCACAUGAAGAUGGAGGGCCUGAACCAGACUGGGUGAAAACCGAGAGAGAUCAGUUUUCUGAUUUCAGAGAUCUGAAUAAAGAUGGGAAGAUGGAUGUGGAUGAGAUUCGUCACUGGAUUCUUCCUCAGGAUUAUGAUCAUGCUCAGGCUGAAGCACGACACCUCCUGUAUGAGUCUGACACUGAUAAGGAUCAGAUGCUGACAAAAGAGGAGAUUCUUCAGAACUGGAACAUGUUUGUAGGAAGUCAAGCGACAAACUAUGGAGAAGAUCUGACCAGAAACCAUGAUGAGCUCUGAACAUGAUUUGAUCAAUAGCAAUAAUCACACAAUUUUUUUACAUUCACAUUCAGUAUACUGUCUUUGUAUAAUAAUCUCUCCUUCUAAGUGAACUAUGAUCACACGAUGAGUCACACCAGUAAUAGGAUGUAAAAUCCUCGCACUUUCUACAGGAGUGACUGAUGGACAGAUCUACAGAUUUACAGAUCUCUAAUCUACCUCAGUAUUACUCUGUCCCUAGUGGCCAAUGAUGACUUCUGUUGGAUCUAGUUAAUUAUGUUUAGUUACAUUUUUGUAAAGCCAGUUUUGUAUGUUUAUUGUGCUUUAGUGUUAUUUACUGAGGAAAGAACAGGUUACAUGGACAGAACAUUACAAUAUUAGGGAUUUUUUAAACUUUUGUGUCAGUUUCUAAACUUAGAUUUUUUUUGUCUUUUUUGUUUUAACUUUUUACUCAAAGUUUGUAUUCACUACAGCUUGUUUUAUGUACACAUUUGCCAGUCAACACCAGUAAAAUAGAUCAAUUUAACAUCAAGCACUGGUUACUAAUGCAAUAUUGCUGAGAAAAUUGUGUCACUGUGAAUAAAACCUGAUUACUUCGCA